AUGCCACGCUCCCACCACGCCCCCUCGACGUCGUCCAACUCGUCGACCGUCAUGGACAGGUCCACCGCGCCGGCAGACCCAGAAAAGUCGGACCCGAUACCCUACGAGUCUUCCUCCUCGGCCCGCCAAUCCAUAGAGCGCAUCCCCUCCCAGCAGCGCGAGACCGAUGCCAACAUCUACCCGGAACCGGCCAAUGUCGUCGAGGCCGAUCUCGAAAAGGGCGGCUUGGCGCCGCACGCGACUUUUGCCAAGACCGAUGGCCCGGCCGGUGAUGCGGCACCGCCUGCUGCCGGCCCGCCCCCGGGAAUGAGGCCCUCCGACUUUCCUGAUGGCGGCGCCGAGGCUUGGCUUGUCGUCUUUGGCGGGUGGUGCGCCUUGUUCUGCACGUUCGGGUUGAUCAACUGCGUCGGCGUAUUCCAGGCGUACUACCUGUCGGGUCCUCUCAGCGCGUAUCCGUCGUCGACCGUCGCGUGGAUCACCAGUCUGCAGGUCUGGGCGAUGACUUUCAUGGGCGUUAUCUUCGGUCGUCUGUACGACACAAUUGGCCCCAAAUACCUCCUGUACUGCGGCACCGUCGUCUACGUCUUUGGCCUGAUGAUGACCUCGCUGUCGACAAAGUACUACCAGUUCAUCCUGGCCCAGAGUCUCGUCUCCUCCAUCGGCUCCAGCGCGUGCUUCAAUGCCUGCGUCUCGGCCGUGACCUCGUGGUUCUUCAGAAGACGCGCCGCUGCCUUUGGUAUCAUGGUCUCCGGCUCGUCGCUCGGCGGUGUCAUCCUUCCCAUCAUGAUGUCCAAGAUGAUUCCCCAGGUCGGCUUCCCCUGGGCCAUCCGCGCUGUCGCGUUCCUGUUCCUAUUCUUGCUGAGCAUCGCGUGUCUCACGGUCAAGUCGCGGCUGCCGCCUCGGCCUCGACCGUUUGUGUUCAAGGAGUAUGUCGACGGUCUGCGCGAGCCGCCCAUGGCUAUCACUGUGUGCGCUCUGUUCUUCUUCUUCCUCGGCAUGUUCUUGCCUUUCAACUUUGUCAUCCUCCAGGCGCAAGCGCAAGGCAUGGACGAGAACCUCGUCAUCUACCUGCUUCCCAUCAUGAAUGCCGUCAGCAUCCUCGGUCGCAUCAUCCCCGGCAUUGUCGCCGACAAGGUGGGCCGGUACAACGUGAUGAUCUGCAUCACCUUCAUCAGCGCCGUCUUCUGUCUCGGUCUCUGGAUCCCGGGCAAGAGCAACGCCGCCAUCAUCGUCUUCCUCGUUAUCUUCGGCUUCUCCUCUGGCGGCUUCAUCUCGCUGGGCCCCGCUUGCAUUGCUCAAAUCUCCGACAUUAGACAAAUCGGCGUACGCACUGGUACCGCGUUCGCCGUGCAGUCGUUUGGCGCGUUGGCGGGUAGUCCCAUUGCCGGCGCCAUCGUCGCGUCGCAAGGAGGGUCGUAUCUUGGCCUGCAGCUGUUUUGCGGCUUCUCGAUGUUGGCGGCGGUUGGUGUUUUCAUCGCGGCGAGGACUGUGCAGGUGGGAUUUCAUCUGAAGAAGGUUGUCUGA